UUCAACAUCAACUUGACCUGGUGGAUGAGCUUAGAAUUAGAAGAAUGGAUCUCCGUGGAAUUGUAAACGGGCCUUCUGCUCGUCGUACAACGUGUCCAGCCUUAACUCCGUCCCUCGUUCCGAAGUUUUAUAUCCCGCCAAAAUGCAACGACAUUUCAUCCAAUAGAAAGAUUGAAGAGUUGCCCAUUUUAUCCAAGAACAUGAAAAAGAUGCAUCCAUUCCAUAGAUGGUCUAUUGGGAUGGGGAGAUCUCCUAAUCAGGAAUCGAGCUCAUCAGACGUCACUAAACCUCAGGAUUUGCAGUCGACGAAUGACGAACAAUUGCCAUGUUCUCAAGAUCGUCGGAGCAGUGUCCACAUCGAUUCCCACUUUGAAUUUGACAUGAAUGCUGAUUCAAUUUAUCAGGUGAAGCAUGAUAUAUGGAGCGAUAGUGAUCCAGGAAUGAAGCUCUCUAUGACGUAUGAUCAUAUACCAAAAAUGAAGACACCCUAUGGUUUUAGUUUCCUAAAGUGCAGUCCAUCGGACAAUGUCAAAAGAGAAACGCUUCUUCUCAGCCAAAACUUUCGGAAUCGCAUGAUGCCGUUGUCCUCGUCAGUAUGCAGUCACGAUCUCCCAUGUCAAGAUGAUGAGAGAGGAGAAUAUUCACAAAAAGCUGUCAUCGAUUUAUCGGUUGUUGAGGUAACGAGUAAAACACCGGUUCGCAGAAGCGUGUUUGUACCCAAUGAGCAAUGCCAAACCGAAGUCCACGUUUCCGAAUCACUUGACAUGAAACGUUUGAAUUCUAAAAUGUCUGCUUCUUUCACCUGUCAGCCGCUUCCAAGAAGAUCUUCACAAACAAGUUCUAACGCAAAUCUUCACCCUCUGGCCGCGUCAUCCACACCGAAUACCAGGGUGAGAAUGGUACGAAAGGUUAACCUGUCUGUAGCUCAUGGAGCUUAUGUGGACAGAUCGGAGAUGAUUGAUAAGCUGCAAAUGUUGUGUGUAAGACAGCAUUUUGAGACUAGAUCACCAAACCUAGGGGAAAUCGAACUCUCUCUUAAAUACGAUCGACGACGCCGACGAUUAGGAGUUCGUGUUAUCCAACUAAAUGGUGUCGGGCUGACUUCAGGGAGCGCUUCGCGCAAGAUCAGCAUCUACGUUCGACUCCGCCUCUUGUCUGAACAUGCUGACAAAGAAACAACUAAACACACAAGGCUCGUCGAAGGAACCUGUGACCCAACGUACGAUGAAGAAUUUUCUUUCAACUUGUCUCCAUAUGAACUCAUCUCAAGAAGGUUAGAGGUUCGAAUAUUCAAGGGCGCCCGGUUUCUGUUAGAUAAGUGGCCUUCCUCUUGUCUCGGGGAAGUUGUGUUAACUCUGGCAGAUCUGAAGACCUCGUUACAAGAGAUAUUCCUUCAAAAGGAUCUGAAGCCCAAAGGAAUGAUUAAGGAUACGCGGACAUCGACAUUGAACAUUUCUAUUUGCUAUCGAUCAAAGUCUCGGAAACUGUGCAUCACUGUGAUCCGAGCACAGGGUCUUCCUAGAUUGGGUUUCUGUAAAACAAAACCAGACUGUCAAGUCAAAGUCGAAGUUACUCAAAUCAAGAACAACGCCCUCAGUACCGUCGUCAAGCAAACGGGUUUUCGACGCCAUUCUCGGAACCCCGUCUUCAAGGAACUGAUGUCGUUCGAAAUCAACGACCUCAACAACCUUCGUGACGGAAUGACGGUGUUGUGUACUCUCUCAAGCAAGAGCUUUACCGGUAAACCGAGGAUAAUCGGUCAAGUCCGGUUUGGAGUGGGCGCCUCUAAAGAAUCGGAAAAACAGCAAUGGGCAAACGUUCUCCAACAUCCAGGACUGUCCGUCACAAGAUGGCACACUCUUUUGAGUUAGUGGCUUACAAUAUAAACUACAGAUAUAUUAUAUUAUCAGGGAGUCUCAACCCCUCAACUCCCUGAUAUUACGAUACAUCUUUCCAGAUUUGACUCGCUCAUACAUCAGAAGGCUUCAAUAAACACUAUAGUAUGCUUUGGUAUCAUCACAACAUGCAGCCCGGGCAUACAGCUCCCGUGCAAGGCCGGCUGUGCUGCAUUUUUUUUUCAAUAGGUCUAAAUAAGAUAGUAGGGUAAGCUUGUAGGCAUAAUGGAGUAAGCUUUAAAGGCAGCAUUAUGUUUUCAAUGAAUAUCCUUUCUGUGAAAGGGAUAAUUUGUAUAUGAGCAGAGACUUCUGAAGAUACAUUUUUUGUCUAUUUUAACCGUACGUAGAAUGUAUAAAAAUAUUAAUAAAAUUUAAUGCCGAUGCUAGAUGUUGUUUUCACUGAUUGAUUAUGCUAAGGUCAUCUCCCAAAUCGCGAUUCAUAAUAUUAUUAGUAGUAGUAAUACUUUUCUCAUUAUUACCAUUAUAAUGAUUAAAAAAAUGAUCAUGUUGAUGAUAAGAUAAUUGUGUCUAAUCUGCAAAAAUCGAAAUAUUUUAUAAUAUAAAAGAAAUAGCAAGUGUGCGAUAUCAUCGAUUCUCUCAUUUGCAUAUCACCGUUUUGAGCCUUCAAAAAUAUCCGAAAUAAGUGAAACCUUGUAAAUUGUACUUGUUAUUAAGGCCUACUUGUUAAACAUCCGACUUUGCUGAAAUUUUCAGGGUUAUUUUUUUUAUUUGAUUAAAUAUAAAGACGACAUUAGGUUUUCAAUGAAUAUCCUUUCUGUGCAUGGGUCUGGGAAGCGUGGGUGCUGGGGGGGGGGGGUGCAUGCUGAAGCACCCCAAUAUUUUACCAGGGGGUGCUGCGUGUAUUAUUUUCCAUAGGCAGCACCCCCUGGAAUUCUGGUAGGUGUGUCAAAUUGGAGAAAUGUAUGGAAAAUGACCAACAUUUUGUGUUUAAACCGAUUUUUUCCCUUUUUUUUUGCUUGUCAAAUUUCUUUGGACCAAAACAACCUUCAUUCUGUAGUGAAAACCCCCCUUUUUUUUUCCUUGUCAAAUUUACUUCAGCACCCUCAGCUAAAAAAUCGUUCCCAGGGCCCUGUUUUUGUGAAAGAGAUUUUGUAUAUGAGCAGAGACUUCUGUAUUAUGUCCUUGUUUGUCUUUUGUUUAAAAUAUCAAUAAAAUAUCAACAACUUUA